GGCGCUCGCACACGACCGGAGGCAUGGGCACGGCGCUGGCUACGCGGCUCGGCUUGGGGCUGCUGCUCCUGGCCAUCCUCUUUCCCACGCAGACAGGUGGCGAUAAUGGAACAACCACUGCAUCCCCCUCGAACAAUAAUUCAAGUUUGACUUCUGUGCCACUUAGCACACUGAACAGUACCACUCCCAAGUCACAUGGAAACACCCUUCAGUCAACUACCGGCCUCUUCAUUCUCUCCAUCUCUCUCCUCUACGUUUGUUAAGACACCCUGGCUGGGAAACUACCACCAUCCCCUACCCAGUUCUCUGAACCAUCUGAGAUGGCUAGACCUUCGUAU